GCAGCCUUGUGAAAACUUUCGGGCCCCAUAAAAUUACUCACCUCCCACUCUUGCCCACGCGCCCAAGGAUGCACACACCCAGGGCUCUGCCAACAGCUGCUCAUUGAUCAUGUCUACCGACGGUACUCACACAACAAGUUCAGCCACACAGGAAGAACAUACCAUGGCGAUCCUCCGCCCACCCAAACUGUCGCCCAGCACUUCACUGAACAAGGCCCUGUUUGCCAAAACACUCAACCUGGCUGCAGCGUCCGUGAGGGACAACAAGAACCUGUCAAAGUUAAGGCAAGCUCUCUCCAGAAAUGGAGACAUUCUGCCCAUGGAGAGGAUAUCUGUCAUCGCGCCACAUCCAGAUACCGACCUCGCAGCACAGGGUCGCAAAUGCCUUCUGCUUAAACCUUCCAUCUCACCCAAGCAGCCAGAGACAUGGGGUCCCCUUGUUUCGCAGUUGGUUAAGGAGGAUCAAGUGGGGAUUGUCUCAUAUGAUUUGAAUCUUGACUACGAUUAUUGGAGCUACCGCGAUGUGUUGUCGACGUUGAUGCCCGAGGAACUGCACGACGACAUCCCUUCCGGAUUUAACACGGCCGGUCACGUGGCGCACCUGAACCUACGAGAUCAGCAUCUUCCGUACAAGAUGCUCAUAGGCCAGGUGAUCGUCGAGAAGAACCAGCACAUCAGGACCGUCAUCAACAAGACAGACAAUGUGGGCAAUGAGUCCGAGUUCCGCACGUUUGGCUACGAGCUGCUUGCGGGCGAGGACGAUCUGAGCGUCGAGCUGAACGAGAACGGAUGCGUUUUCAAGUUUGACUACUCCAAGGUGUAUUGGAAUAGCAAGCUGGAAAAGGAGCACACGAGACUAGUCCGGUCCUUCCAGCCGGGCGAGGUCGUAUGCGAUUUGAUGGCUGGCAUUGGACCUUUCGCCGUUCCGGCUGGGAAGAGGGGAGUCUUCGUUUGGGCUAAUGACUAUAAUCCGGAAAGUUUCAAAUAUCUCCAGGACGCCAUAGGGAGAAAUAAGGUGUCCUCUUUUGUCCGACCAUUCAAUGAAGACGGCCGCGUUUUCAUCCAUAAAGCGGCCGACUCGGUCCUCGCAGCAUCACGGGCCGGUGAAGCCGCCAUAGUGCCUUCCAAGCAAAAGUUCUCGCGCAGUAACCCUGACGCCAAACGGCCUCCGCCUACGGUCGUUGCCAUCCCACCUACGAUCAGCCACUUUGUAAUGAACCUGCCCGCAUCCGCAAUCGAGUUUCUGUCCUACUACCGCGGUCUGUACGUCGGGCAAGAGGCGCUCUUCGCGCCGCACACGCAGACAAAUCUGCCCAUGGUCCAUGCCCACUGUUUCGCCCUAAAGAGCGACGACGACGUGCCCAGGAUUGAUGUCUGCGAGCGUGUUUCCAAGGAACUGGGCGUCACCUUGCACUGGGACGGGCAGAUUGGUGCAUCGACAAAUGAAGUAAAGGACGGGCGGGUUGCCGUGCAUCAUGUUCGAGACGUGGCGCCGGCGAAGAGCAUGUACUGUGCGAGCUUCAGGCUGCCGGCCGAGGUUGCUUUCGCCCCUAGGCAAUGAACACUUGAUCGAGGGUAAAUCGGUCGAAGAAACCGGUGACAGUCUUACGGGUUAACUUCGCCGCAGUCAAUACAGGGCCUAGACUGCUGCCCGGUUCCUCAACCGCUGUUUUGCCAACCAUUCAUCACCGAUGCUUCGCACCUGCCCUUGGCUCGUCUCUGGCUGGGCAGACAAAUCAACACCUUGUCUGAAUGCCCAAGGCUGCUGUGGAAGGAGGCAUCGCAUGGACCGUUGACGAUAUGCCGGUCACACGGCAUUAUCAAUGUGCAAGGAAAACGCACGACAUUUUGACAAAACCAAAUUCAUUACUGCCUGAGCGUGCUACGCAGGCUAGGGAUGGAGCGAAGCUUCUCACGAGACCGACACGCGUCUUUGGGAUUUAUCCGACAUCAUGCGGACAAGCCUGCUGACCCUUUUAUUUGUCAAAUCGCAGAAGACGCCGUGCACACGAUGCAAGAGGCUGGCUUGGUUUGUCCUCUUGCCACCAGCGUGUCCUCGAAGAUAAGACUUGCGGCAUUGCCGUCGUGGGAAUGGCUUCAGCCCUGAUGCUUGAGCGGCUAGGUACUUGGUCUAGGGCACAGGCCUUGAUGGUAGUCCUACGGUAUUUCCACUCGAGACCUUCGCAAGCAUCUCUCCAUGAUCCAAUCCAAGACAAUGCCCUCUGGCAAAGAUACUGCGCCCUUGCCCCGAGAGUCCCGGCCGACAGCAUGUGCCCGGUCGUGAAAGCAGAAUACCGAUAUUACGCAACACGGCUGUUCGGACCCCAUUGCUACAUCGCUAUCAAGCAUCUUCAAUGGGUGACGGUCAAAUUUAUGGCUCAUCUCGAAAUCUCCAAGAUUGCCUCGAUCCUCCCUCCCCCUUCGAACGUGACAUCAGAGCGCGUCCGUCUGCAGCCGGUGAUCCUCUCACUGAGGAAAACGGGGUCGUUGAGAUGCAGCAAUUGACGAGCAUUACGACGAGCAACAAAACCUCUUCAUGUGAUAAUGGCAUAGGCCAGUAGCAUUGAGGUAGGCAAGAUUGCGUACCCUGCAGGGCGACUUUUUGGUCUACACGGCAGCGGCGUCGAACCUCUUCAUUACACUCACACCGGAUAAUGAAGAUCGGUUUCCAAUUAGGGAGGUCUUCCGGCAUAUGAAGCGUUCAGGCUACUGCGGCCUACUGAGUCGUAUCUGCAGGCCGAAGGACUGCAAGAGUGUGUGAUUGGCAAUGCGGCUCUAUGCCAAUCAGCAGUUCGAUUACCCAAGAAGCUGCUGGGUUCGGGAGGAGACUUCACUCAUGAAUGCGUUCACGAACCUGCAGCAAAACGCCCAAAUCUAAAGGAUCACAUAGUCCGGCAAGACCAGCACCCGCCCGUGCCUGAUGAUGCAAGCCACGCCUGGCAUGUCCUUUCGAGGUUUGAGGCUUGUGUGAUGGAUCACAACCUCGCCAAGGCGACUGCCAGCCGCAGCCCUGCAACAACAGCGAGCAGAUGCCCUGCGGCGCAGUCGUGCCCUGGACCCUCCUGCUUGUGCACCGGAGCACAGCGGGCCCGGUGAGGUAGGAGGUGAUCUAUCUCCCGCCUAUUAAAGAAAGGAUACGCAGAUCUGGGGUGCCUGCUGCAGAUGUGACAUACCCUUCGAUGCCCCACAAAUUGCCAUGCCUUGCUACCGUGGGACAUCUACCUGGCUGCCUGGUUACGCCAGCCGCUGGGGAUACGCAUAGACAGGACCUGGAUGGUAGUACGACAGGAGGACAGGAGGCAGGAAGCCGCAUGAAGAAGCAAGGAAUCAGGAGAUGGAAGAAACGGGCAGCCCUGGGCCAGACGGCCCGCUCUCAAUCAAGCUCGGGACAGGCAGGGCGGAGAAAUGGAAAGGGCGGGUAGGACUCGGACGGGGAAUGACCGAGUGAGGCCAUCCUGCCAUCCCCUCUGGGCAACACCCGUGCCGAUCGCAGCGGCGCUCUCGUCCAUACACAAUGCACCUGCGUCUGCGGGGGAGAAGGCCUGCUGCGAUAAACUCGCGGCAACUCGGCUCCUGUCCUCCCUCCCUAUCUGAUUCGAGGCGCGCACUCUAGGCGGUUGGCUUGAUCUAGCCACACAGACAGACAACCAACCCACAAUGACGAUUCUGUUACGGGACAGUGCUGACCCUCACGCGAUUAGCAAGCAAGCCCCUUGGAUGAAAUUUGAAGCAACCGAGAUCUUGGUAGUACCACAGCCACGGGCGUGAACGAUGCAUGAGGCUGCCUCGCCCAAGGGGGUGAUGCGAGCGUUAUCGCGAAGACAUCUUCCAAGCGAUGGUGUGUCCGGCCUGCAUCGGGCGGAUCACACCCGCACAGCGCCCGGGCUGCAUGUUCUUCUUGAGACGAG